AUGAAUUCAUAUGAAUCUGCUCUAAGACAUAAUCCUUACUCUAUUACCGCUUUAUUUCAUAUUGCUUCAUUAUACAGAGGAAAAGAACAAUUCGACAAAGCGAUUGAUUAUUUUAAACGAAUUUUAGCUAUUCAAGAAAGUCAUGGUGAAGCUUGGGGAGCAUUAGGUCAUUGUUAUAUAAUGAUGGAUAAUUUACAAGAAGCAUAUCAUGCUUAUCAGCAAGCUUUAUAUCAUUUAAAAAAUCCAAAUGAUCCUAAACUCUGGUAUGGGAUAGGGAUCUUAUAUGAUCGUCAUGGUUCAAUUGAUCAUGCUGAAGAAGCAUUUUCCGCAGCUAUGAAAAUGGACCCCCAAUUUGAAAAGGCAAAUGAAAUUUAUUUUAGGCUUGGUAUUAUUUAUAAGCAACAACAAAAAUAUGAUCUUUCAUUACAGUGCUUCAGAUAUAUAUUACAUAAUCCACCAAGACCACUUACAGAAAUUGAUAUUUGGUUUCAAACAGGUCAUGUCUAUGAACAACAAAGAGAAUUUGAAUUAGCAAAGGAGGCGUAUGAACGUGUAUUAGUCGAAAAUUCUGAACACGCUAAAGUAUUACAACAAUUAGGAUGGUUAUAUCAUCAACGAAAUACAUCAUUUUCAAGUCAAUCGAUUGCUAUACAAUACUUGACACGUUCACUCAAGACAGAUGGUAAUGAUGCUCAAUCAUGGUAUCUUCUAGGACGUUGUUAUAUGGUGGAACAAAAUCACAAUAAAGCAUACGAGGCUUAUCAACAAGCUGUGUAUCGUGAUGCUCGAAACCCUACCUUUUGGUGCUCGAUUGGUGUUCUUUAUUAUCAAAUCAAUCAAUAUCGUGAUGCCUUAGAUGCCUAUAGUCGUGCAAUUCGUCUAAAUCCUUAUAUAAGUGAAGUAUGGUAUAAUCUAGGUACACUUUAUGAAUCUUGUAAUAAUCAAACACAAGAUGCAUUGGAUGCCUAUCAAAGAGCUGCUGAAUUAGAUCCUACAAAUCCUCAUAUUCGACAAAGAUUGGAUCUUUUAAGAAAGUCUUCAGAUCCUAGUCAUCAUCUUCCUAUUCCAAUGCCUCAGGAUGUUCAUAAUCCUUAUCAAUAUCAAAAUGGACCUACUCAUAUUCAAAAAGGAAAUUAUUCUCAAUACCCUACUACUACUACUACUACUACAUCAUUAUCAUCCACUUCCCUUUCUACAAAUAAGAGCUUUGAUCAAUUAAGAAUGAGAGAAAGAAAGAGAGAAAAAAAAAAGAGAACUUCUAUAUUAUAUGAUGAAGCUCCUCGUCGUAAACAAAGUCCAGUCGAAAGUAAUGCCGCAGAUACACUUAUGAAUAUGUCUCAACAAAAACGCUUAUUAGAUAGUAAUAAUGAAGAGAAUAAAAAAAAUGAAGAUAAAAAACCAAGAUUAUUAACAGCAACAACAACAACAACAACAGAUACAGUUCAUGUAUCUUAA